GUUCCUUGUGUGUAAUAGAUUGGUUUGUUUAUAUAACAAUAUACCCUUAAAUGAUUGUGUCGGGAGGGAGGAGCUUGGGAGGAGGUCGCAGGGGUCUCUCCUGCACCCUCUGUGUUGCGAUAUGCUGGGACAUUAAAAGGGGUUAAUUCACCAACAGCGCCCAUAACACAGAAAGAUACUGGCACAUUCCACACCGGUAAAACAAGUAUCGGACCGAGUUUGUCGGUAUCAAAACAACGCUUAAAAGUGUAAAGUAACACAUUAAACGCACCGGGUACUACCUGUCCGGACGUAGGGAUCUAUUGAAAAAUGAAGGUGCUUUGCCUACUUUUAGCAAUAGUAGUGACAGUUAGAGGCCAUGGCCGUUUGUGGGAACCACCCUCACGAUCGACGAUGUUCCGACGAGGGUACGCCACCCCUCCAAACUACAACGAUAAUCAACUCAACUGUGGCGGCUUUGCGACACAGUGGGGUUACCCUAACAAGGGAAAGUGCGGCAUAUGUGGCGAUCCAUACAAUGGCAAGCGCAAGAACGAGGCUGGCGGGAGAUACGCUACUGGAAUGAUAACCCGGAAGUACUCUGAGGGUCAGAUCAUUGACCUUGAUGUGGAGGUUACUGCUAAUCACAUGGGCUGGUUCGAAUUUCGUGUUUGUCCCAAUAACAACGUUAAAAAAGCCGCAACACAAGAGUGUUUGGAUCAGCACAAGUUACAGCUGGCUGAUGGAAGCGGCACCAAGUAUUACAUCACAAGAGCCGUUGGUCAUUUCAACAUGAAAUACAGACUUCCAUUUGGUCUCACAUGUACCCAAUGCGUCCUACAAUGGAAAUGGCACGUCGCCAACAGUUGGGGAACUGAUCCGGAUGGCCGAAGUGGGAUCGGAAACGGUCCCCAAGAGGAAUUUUAUGGAUGUUCUGACGUGGCAAUCGAAGGUCGGAGUGGCGCAGCUGUCGUUGGACCAGUGGUCACAUCGAACAGUUAUCCAAAACCGACAACUACCACUCCAAAACCGACAACUACCACUCCAAAACCGACCACUACCACUUCCCAACCCACUACUACAACUCCUAAACCCACUACUACCACUCCUAAACCCACUAUUACAACUCCUAAACCCACUAUUACAACUCCUAAACCCACAACUACCACUCCUAAACCCACUACUACAACUCCUAAACCAACAACUACAACUCCUAAACCCACAACUACCACCACUCAACCAACAACUACUACCACAACUCCUAAACCUACCACAAAGCAAUAUGUGGCAACGUUGACCCCCAAACCAAAUCGCGCCACGGCAACUAUUCCCUCGACAACUGUUCUUCCGGUCGCGGCUGCGCAAAGCAGUACAUGCACAGUAGGUGUAGCGACAGUGUACUCCAGAGUCCCGGGCAUGUUAGCAUGGUGCCAGAUGAAUUGUGGUAGAGGAUAUUGUCCACCAACGCAUUGCACAUGCUUGUAAUUAAACAUAUUCUUUCAACAACAGCAGGUUGGAUUUCAAGCAUUAAUGUAACUUUAAAUUGAUGUUUGCAAGGUCUAUAUAAAAGAUAAACUCCCCUAUACAUAUGUUCUCAAUUACAUUUUAUACAAUUAACUUACAUAUUAUCAUUGUGAGAAGAUAUUGUGAUACAUUUAAUUUAGUAAGAGUGAUAUUCAAUCUCACAGGAAGCAUUUGAGGAUGAAAGUUGAUAUUAAUAUUACUUUGUAUUGUCUACUUAUCUUUGCUUGAAAAUCUCAAUGUUAAAAUUUGGAGAUGAUUUUGUAUAGAACAAAUUCCCCAAUAAUCCAUACCCUGUUUGAAUAUUUAAGACAACAAAAAUGUGUUAUAAUUAACUGGAGUCCAAUCGAAUGCAACCAAAUUUACAAUAUAAACAAUAAAAUGACAUUAUAAUAUUGUUAAAAACAGAUUAAUUAAUAAAGGAUGACUACUUUUUGA